CCCGGAAGUGCCUCCUCCCCGUUUCCUUUUCAGCCUCCAGCCGGCAGGCUGCAGUUGGAACGAUGGCGACAGAAGCCGCCGUGCCUGGCCCCGCAUCUGGACCUGGGGACUCCCCCGAAGGGCCCGAGGCUGAUGCCCCGGAACGUCGGCGAAAGGCGCACGGGAUGCUGAAGCUUUACUACGGACUCUCGGAGGGAGAAGCUGGGGGACGCCCCUCCGGGCCGGACCCUCUGGACCCGACUGAUCUCAAUGGGGCGCACUUCGACCCGGAAGUGUAUCUGGACAAGCUGCGUAGGGAGUGCCCACUAGCCCAGCUGAUGGACAGCGAGACGGACAUGGUGCGGCAGAUCCGAGCUCUAGACAGCGACAUGCAGACCCUGGUCUAUGAAAACUACAACAAGUUCAUCUCGGCCACAGACACUAUCCGGAAGAUGAAGAACGAUUUCCGGAAGAUGGAGGACGAGAUGGACAGGCUGGCCACCAACAUGGCUGUGAUUACUGACUUCAGCGCGCGUAUCAGCGCCACACUGCAGGACCGUCAUGAGCGCAUCACCAAGCUGGCAGGGGUGCACGCACUGUUGCGGAAGCUGCAGUUCCUUUUCGAGCUGCCCUCGCGCCUCACCAAGUGUGUGGAGCUGGGUGCCUACAGGCAAGCGGUCCACUACCAGGGCCGAGCGCAGGCAGUGCUACAGCAGUACCAGCACCUGCCCUCAUUCCGAGCCAUCCAGGAUGACUGCCAGGUCAUCACGGGCCGCCUUGCGCAGCAGCUGCGGCAACGCUUCAGGGAGGGCAGCUCUGGAGCCCCCGAGCAGGCCGAGUGCGUAGAGCUCCUGCUGGCGCUGGGUGAGCCAGCUGAGGAGCUGUGCGAGGAGUUCCUGGCCCAUGCCCGAGGGCGGCUGGAGGAGGAGCUGCGUGCCCUGGAGAAGGAUCUGGGGCCCUCUCCCCCUGCGCCUGAUGUGUUGGAGUUCACUGACCGGGGUGGCAGUGGCUUUGUGGGUGGCCUCUGCCAGGUGGCAGCAGCCUACCAAGAGCUGUUCGCAGCCCAGGGCCCCGCAGGUGCAGAGAAGCUGGCAGCCUUCGCCUGGGAGCUGGGCGGCCGCUACUUUGAGCUGGUGGAGCGGCGCCUGGCGCAGGAGCAGGGUGGUGGUGACAACUCGCUGCUCGUGCGGGCACUGGAUCGCUUCCACCGGCGCUUGCGAGCUCCUGGGGCCCCACUGGCUGCUGCCAGGCUCACUGAAUCAGCUACAGAGAUCGUGGAGCGAGUGGCCCGAGAGCGGCUGGGCCAUCACCUGCAGGGCCUGCGGGCAGCCUUCCUGGGCUGUCUGACUGACGUGCGCCAGGCGCUUGCUGCUCCUCGCCUGGCUGGGAAGGAGGGCCCCAGCCUGGCUGACUUGCUGGCCAAUGUGGCCAGCUCCAUCCUAAGCCACAUCAAGGCCUCUCUGGCUGCUGUUCACCUCUUCACCGCCAAGGAGGUGUCCUUCUCCAACAAGCCCUACUUCCGGGGUGAGUUCUGCAGCCAGGGAGUCCGAGAAGGCCUCAUUGUGGGCUUCAUCCGCUCCAUGUGCCAGACGGCCCAGAGCUUCUGUGACAGCCCAGGGGAGAAGGGGGGUGCUACACCACCUGCCCUGCUCCUGCUCCUCUCUCGCCUCUGCCUGGACUAUGAGACAGCUACCAUCUCCUAUAUCCUCACCCUCACCGAUGAGCAGUUUCUGGUGCAGGACCAGUCUCCGGUGACACCUGUGAGCACACUGUGUGCAGAGGCCAGGGAGACGGCACGGCGGCUGCUGACCCACUACGUGAAAGUGCAGGGCCUGGUCAUAUCGCAGAUGUUGCGCAAGAGUGUGGAGACACGGGACUGGCUCAGUACCCUUGAACCCCGCAACGUGCGCGCCGUCAUGAAGCGGGUGGUGGAGGACACCACAGCAAUUGAUGUGCAGGUCGGGCUCCUGUAUGAAGAGGGUGUUCGCAAGGCUCAGAGCAGCGACUCCAGCAAGAGGACCUUCUCCGUGUACAGUAGCUCUCGGCAGCAGGGCCGCUAUGCUCCCAGCUACACACCCAGUGCCCCCAUGGACACCAACCUUUUGAGCAACAUCCAGAAGCUGUUCUCUGAACGCAUUGAUGUGUUUAGCCCUGUGGAGUUCAACAAGGUAUCGGUGCUGACUGGCAUUAUUAAGAUCAGUCUGAAGACCCUGCUGGAGUGUGUGCGGCUGCGCACCUUUGGGCGUUUCGGGCUGCAGCAGGUGCAGGUGGACUGCCACUUCCUGCAGCUCUACCUGUGGCGCUUCGUGGCUGACGAAGAGCUCGUGCACCUCUUGCUGGACGAAGUGGUGGCCUCGGCAGCCCUACGCUGUCCGGACCCGGUGCCCAUGGAGCCCAGUGUCGUCGAGGUCAUCUGCGAGCGUGGCUAGGCUCCGCGGAUGUCCCGCAGCGCCCUGUUCGCCCCUGCCCAGGCUCCCCUGGCGGCUUCUCCCCGCAGGCGGGUGUCGGACCGCCUAAUAA